ACUUUAGCACGCAGUGUUUCUCGGGCUGUGCACGUGGAGGGACACUACUGCCGCUGCCGCUCGCGCCCCUUCUCUCGUGACUUGUUAGAAACGUGUUAUGUCUCGAGCCCGGUGCUGUCAUCCGCGGCGCUUUUCACGCACUUCCCAGAGCCGUCGCGCGACCGGAGAAACGUUCGGUGAACCGUGCAGAGAGAGCCGCGCAACUCGGAGUACUGUUGUUAUCUCCCCCACGUCCCCCCCUCCCCCUCCUCCCUGUGCCGCGCUCUCAGGGUCGAGUCAUUGUACAUAAGUAUGGUAGAUAAAGGCCCCUUGUUGACAUCUGCCAUUAUUUUUUACCUGUCCAUUGGGGCAGCAAUUUUUCAAGUCUUGGAGGAGCCCAACUGGAAGGCGGCUGCGAAGCAGUAUAGUGACCAGAAGGAUACGAUACUUAAGGACUACCCCUGUCUGACGGAAGAUGAUUUGGACAAAAUAUUAGAGGUGGUGUCUGAUGCUGCAGGCCAAGGGGUCACCAUAACUGGCAGCAAGACCUUCAACAACUGGAACUGGCCAAAUGCUGUUAUCUUUGCCGCCACUGUCAUCACCACCAUCGGGUAUGGGAACAUUGCCCCGAAAACAUCAGCAGGCCGUGUAUUCUGCAUCUUCUUCGGCCUGUUUGGUGUGCCGUUGUGUCUUUCCUGGAUCAGUGAGCUGGGAAAGUUCUUUGGUGGAAGAGCCAAGCACCUGGGCCAGUAUCUAACCAAGAAAGGAUUCUCACUGAGAAAGGCUCAAUUCACCUGCACAGCUAUAUUUCUCCUCUGGGGUGUACUGGUGCAUUUAGUCCUUCCACCAUUUGUCUUUAUGUCACAAGAAGGUUGGACGUAUAUAGAAGGCUUGUACUUCUCCUUUGUCACUUUGACCACGAUUGGUUUUGGAGACUUGGUGGCAGGUGUAGAACCAAAUAAAGAAUACCCAACUCUGUACCGGUAUUUUGUGGAAGUGUGGAUUUAUCUGGGGUUGGCCUGGCUUUCUUUGUUCUUCAACUGGAAGGUGCGGAUGGUGAUUGAGGCACACAAGGCACUGAAGAAGCGCCGAAGGCUGCGCAAGCUAUCUCUUGAUGAACUGCGGCACUACAAGGAGUCUCACAAGGCUGCACUUCGUCAGCCACCCACUCCCAAUGACGUCAACAUCUUCAGCUUCCUUUCCAAGAAGAAGGAGGGCUACAAUGACUUGAUCAAACAGAUCGGCCCCAAAAAAGAUGGCGGGAACAACGGCAUCGAAGCCAACACCCUAAUUAAAUCCAAAGCGACGGUCCGUUCAAAGAGCUGCAAUGAUGCUCCUAAUUUGAACAGCCACACCAUCCUUAGUCUGGACCGAUCGCCGCGCCAAAAGAGGCGCUAUAGUUUCAGUGACCGAGUGACUGUUGCUUUUUCCAAGUCCAAGAACUACCUCCUUGGAUCAGAUAAUGGUUUGCUACUAACAGAAGACCAAGUUGAAGGUGACUUGGACCUCAACCAGGGCCGAAUGUACGAGAACCAGCUGGACAAGGACGUAGACCUGAAGGACGGAGAGGGGGGGGAUUGUGAAGCAGGCGGUCGAAGGACAUGGGACUCAAAGGAGUUCCUCCCCCUAACAUUUAAAAAUGCAAAUAUUACUUUUAUAGACGAGGAGAACUUUCUUCGUAAUAACUUGGAGGAGGAUGAAAAUUGUGAUGAUGAUUCUAAGGCAAAACUAUCCAUCACUACAUGUGAUGAAAACAUUGAAGCAAACUCCAAGGAGGAGCAUAGUUCUGAAUCUGAAGGGUCUGUCUUCACUGGUGACGGGUCAGAGCACGGCCGCUCCUAUGAGAAACUGGUGGAGGAAUAUACAAAGGAAGAUAAUACCGAAUCUUGAGAUCACAAAGCCUUCAACUGUAUGAAGCCCAAACAUCUUCCAGGUUCUCUUGUAUUCAAAUAGCAAUUGUUUGAAUGGAUAUCAGAAGUCCCAUUGAACUUUUAGGGGUGUGAUAAUGACUUUUAAGCAAAGAUCAAAUUUCUAUGAAAUGUUGUGUUUAUAGAUGAGUGUUCCUAUCAACCUUUGUACAAUCUUCUGUGAAUAUGGAUAACAACGUGACAUGUAACUCAUGAGUAUUUAACAAAUACACUAUUCGUGCCUUUUUAUGUAGUCUGAGAAACUAAAUGCCUCGUUUAUUGUCCGAACAAGAACUAUUUACCCUGAGGUCUGGUAAAAAACAGGAAUGUGGAAAUGUAUUGGAUUCCCCGUAGAUUCUGCUGUGCCUAUCCACCAUAUUGGUGUUUCAUAAUAUUUAUUCAAAUGAAGGACAUGGUAGCUUUUAUCCAACAGCUGCUGGGUUUAUAUGUUUUCCAUUGCACAAUUCCACCUAAUGAGGACAGUUUAAAGUCUAUCCGUGCAGACUUUCUUUUUAAAACCUGAGCCAAACAUUUGUCCUUACAGAAAAUGAAGGGGGUUAAGGACAAAUGCUCCUCCUUGUCACUUGUGUUUUGUGAAGUCCUUGUUGCUUUCUGUUCAUUUAUUACUGUGAACCAUAGCAUUGUGACACGCACUAGGGGUUAACAGUGAUGCAAUGCACCCUGUCUGGAACUAACUCUAACUUUUUAUAUUUUGUAUCAACAAGGGAAGCAUUUAUGGCAAAUGUGAAUACCCUGCCAAGAGACACUCUAAAUGAUACUUCGUCUCCCUUUAUUUUAUUACCGCUGUAAAAGAACAAUCCCCUUUGGAAAUGAUCCUCCCAGUGUCACGUGAUGCUCAGCCUUGUAGAUUACCCUCCAAUUGCUUCCGUGAACACAAACUCUUAUUGUUGCUUUGCGUUGACGUGGCAAUCCGUGGUGUCUGCCGUCUCUCCCGCCGGUGCAAAGUGGGAACGCAACCGUUCCAGCAACAACGUUGUUUUAUUUGUUGCCCCUUUUUAUCACGGUUUUGCUUUAUUUUAUUUCUCAUGUAAAGACGGACCAACAUGAGUGUUUGGUCGGCCGCAAACACAGUUCAUGCUCAUGUUUGCCUUUGGGGGCUCGCACUUAUGAAAAGGUUAAACCAAGGUUGACCUGUAAGCGAUCAAUGCUCUGACGUGUGUUUCAUCAGGAGACAUGGAGCCCGAGGUAUCGGUGCUCAUAACUAUCGUUUUGUAUUUCUAUCUUGUUAAAUGUGUACACAAAAUCUUGAAACUCCAGGUUCCAACAUUUAGUCCAUUGCUUUUCCCAGUCUGACUUUAGAAAGGUUCCUUACUGCUCACCAGCUGCCUUUUGCACACAUUGACUUGCACACAAAAACAGGUACAGUGGAUAUCGAGAUUGCGAUGUCACUCUAUGCGACACUUUGUAUUUUAACUGCUCGUGGAUAAUAUAAAUCAAAGUAUGGUCCAUCAUUUUGACCAUAUUUCAAAGAGGCCUUGAAUCCAAACUCAUUAAAACCCAUUGCUCCAAAAUGUUUCUUUAAGUUGCUCCAUUGUGUAGAACUCCAGUAAAGGUUUUUUUUCUAUGUUUGAUUUUAAAUUAUUAAGUUAUUCAUGUUUGAAAAGGUUUGCAUGUGAAUUCCAAACAAACCUAUAUAUUUCAUGUUAAUAAACAUUUAA